AUGCCGGUCGCUACUUUCCAAACCUCGAUGGGUACCUUCAAAGCGGAUCUGUACGCUGACAAGAUGCCAAUCACCGUUGGCAAUUUCAUUGAUUUGGCCAACAGUGGCUUCUAUGAUGGAAUUCACUUCCACCGUGUCAUUCCGGGCUUUAUGAACCAGUUUGGCUGCCCAUACGCCAAAGACCCCAAUUCUCCUCGUGCCGGUACGGGUGGUCCCAGUCCCAACACGCAGUUCAAGUCGUGCGAUGGCAAGACAUACACCCGCACGGCCGAUGGUGGCAUUCCCGAUGAAGUCGGUCAGAGUCAUCAACGUAUUACCAAUGGCGUGGGCACCCUCAGUAUGGCCAACACCGGUCAACCCGAAUCGGGAGGAUCCCAAUUCUUUAUCAAUGUCGCCAACAAUAACUUUUUGGAUUGGUUUGACAAGUCGACCGAGAGUGCCCAUCCCGUCUUUGGACAAAUUGUGGAAGGAUUGGAUCUGGUCAAGAAUAUUAGCAAGGUUCCCACCCGAAACGACAAUCCCAAUACUCCCAUCAAAAUGAUCUCGGUUCGAGUUGCUUAA